AUGAGCAGCCUCUCCAUCCUGGCCCUUCUCCUGCUCCUGCUUGCACACCGCACCCCUCCGGCACAGGGGCAUCCCUUACUGACUACCUAUAUCACACUGAUCAAGGAAAUGGGGAGCCUCCUCAGCCAGCCACCUGCGCUUCCAAAAGGCGACUUGGGAAUAAAUCACAAAUUGACCCUGCAGGAUAGAACCCUUCUGAGACCAAACCUGGAGAAAUUCCUGGAUGCUGCCAAGAACUUCGAAAACAAGACACAGCAAAUCAGGAAAAUCCUCCCGGAAUUCCGGAAGGUUGUGCCUACUGCCCCUUCCACGAACUGCUCAAUCAGUUUUGAGGAGAAUGACUGGGAUGAUUUCAGGAGGAAGUUGAAGGAAUAUCUGGAUUCCCUUAGGAGGUUUGUCAAUGACAAAAUUUUCCGCCAGACAACUAGAUCCUCCUCUGGGCCCUAA